CACUGUUUUGCUUUUUCAUAAAUUGUACGAGUGAAACUCCGGUGAGGGAGUCGGAAAACAAUAUGCCUGCUACUGCAACCAUGGUCUCUAAAACCGCACCCGUUGCAACGCUUCCUCGUUUACUCGCGAUUAAUAAAGAUUUCAGCGAUCUCAAUGAGCAAAUUUCUCAAGUAACGCACAUAAUUGGGCUCCCGGCGCAAUGGUGUCACUCAUUCGAAGAGCAAGAUCGAUCUACCGUUGUACAACAACUCCCAAAGGCGAGGGCCGAAUGGGUGUUACGCUGGACUAUUGAGAAGCUAAAGGACGAUUCUGAGAACGGGACCGCAGCUCGAGCGAACUCAAAAUUAUGGGCGCUGCUGGAUUUAAUGGUUUACAUUCUGCCCGUUCCUCGCUCUGCGACUCACCUUCGCGAUGCGGCGUUUCUUGGUAUCCUGGAGAAGACUUUGCAGGAAAGCUUCGAGAGUAGUGCGGCAAUACAACCGAGUUCGAAUGGUGCUGAACCGCGCUCUUCUGACUCGAGUGAGACUGUACGAGAGGAGCUGCCGUCUCGGAAACGCAAACGGCCCUCGACUGAGACUGCGCCAACGUCUUCGAAGAAAAGAGCACUCGACAUUGGAGGGCUAGUCAAAUUGUUCGAUGCAGUAGCACGGACCUUGCAGACAAUCACCAGCAAAGCAUCAGCACUCAGCAGCAGCGAAGAUGCGCCGAAUGCCGAGCAUAUGAAAAUGGCCUUGAGAACCGAGAGCGCGCAGGCGGCCCGUGUAUUGAAAUACUGGUUAACAGCGGUGGAAAGGUUCUUGCAGAUCUCUAUGAGCCCGUCGUCAACGCUGUCGGAAAAAUGCCUGGACCUUUCGAGCAUUUUGGAGGUCUGGAAUCUCCGUUACUUCGAGAGCGGUGACGAGCAAGGAGCCUCGGCAGAGCAGUUCUCGACCGAGUGUCUGAUACCGACCUUGGCCCUUCAUAAUACCACCCAGAAAGCUCUGGCCCAGGCGGCUCAGCAAGACAAGAGUCUUUUUACGGAAUCACUCCAGUCGGUUGAGAUAUUGAUUGUGAAGCACAUCUUUGUACCAUCAAGGGCAGCGUUCUUCUCGGGCCCUGCUCCCAUUGGGACUACUACUACUACUGAUAUUGACCAUGAUUCGAGUGCGCUGGCAGCCAACCUUGAACCUCUGCGUGCUAAACUGCUACAAGCCGCACAGAUUUUAGAUACUUCCAUCUCUUUGCCCGACUACUUUAAGCCUCUUUUCGAUUCUGUUCCGCAACUUCUCGAUAUCGCCAUUCGCUACAAUCCUUCUCGCACGCCUAGGGCAAGAAUUAACGAGCAACCAUGGCUACAGGCUGUUUUCAUUGCGCUUGCAGAAUGCAUUGGUUGCCCACUCGAGGCAGCAUCAUUUUCGAUUCCUCAGCCUUCUAUCGAUGCGCUAGAAAAGUCUCUGGGCGUUCUGCAAGCCCGAGAUGUCAGAAUCGACCCUGAAGUAUUGGUCAAAAUGUUCUGGUUCCACACAGGGGUCAAGUACCCCGAAUCGCAACCGAGGACAAUCCAGUGGUCACUUAUCGCGGCUCUCAUCAAACUCGAUGCUACAGCUUUCAUCAUGAAAUCAGCUUCCAAAGCUGUUCCUUCGGAAAACGAAACCGAUGACUUGGUUGCCUUUUUGUUCCAGCAGAUCUCUGAUUUCCAGGCGGCAAGCACUAGUUUACCAACGGUAGACAAGAUGGAUAUAGAUGGUGUCGAAGAAAGCGAUGAUGCCCAGGCAUUUUCUGAGUCGCAAUACCAGACCAUCAUUCGCUCGAUCCUCAUUCCCAUUUUCACGGCAUUCGCACGUAAUCGAGACCUUCUCGGAUUUCUUCGCCGAUGGGAUGCUCAGCUUGUCUUGCAUGCUCCUAUUGUGCGCAAGCCGCUGCAAGAAUUAACCCGGCUGAUCUGGGAGGAUUUUAGCCUCAACGUGGCACUGGCAGACAAGCUUGAACAGUCGCUCACGCAGGCGCAGAUCGUUACUCUAUUCCAAGAGCAUGCAGAACGCAUCAAGCCUCUAAAGAUCUCUGAGGAAACGUCCACUCAGGAGCUCAAGAAGAAACAUAUCCUCUCAUUGAAAGAGGCGUACAGCAGCGCAACCCUGAUUCGAGCAAUUUUGGGGUCAAUUGACAAUGACCUGCUCCUCGAAGCAUUGCAGCCAGCUUUACUCGAUGUACUCUUGUCGCUUUCGUCAACCGUCCAAAGUUCCUGGUAUCGCAGUAAUAUCGACCUUUAUCCUUGCUGGAUCACGAUUGCCCAAGUUACAAACAACCUUUGGCCAUUGACUUUGCAUGGAUCCCCCGACAAGCAGAAGGAACUACUAGAACCACUGAUCUCUCGAGCUACAAAAGAUGUUUCACAUGCCCGUAAGAACAAGCAUGAACAUGGGUUCAAUUCUCGGUGCCGAUCAGCUGUGCUUCUGUUUCUGCUUGCUUCCAGCGACCUCCUACGAACGGUUCCUGGAUGGAGUAAUCAAUUGCACGAGAGUCUAAGAAAAGGUCUCAAGGUUCUCACCCCAGGCCAUCUCGAACCAGACGAUCUCCAACAGUUGCUAGUUAUGUUUUGUACCGAAUAUGUACAAUUGUUGGAUCAUAAUGAUUCAAAACGUAGGGAGAAGACGUUGUUCGAGUUACUGAACGGUAUCUCGACACUUGACUCAGAGUCUGGCAUUAUACUUGCAGAGCAACUCGCCGAAUUAAUCUUUACGACAAGCACUGUCCCUACAAGAGUCUCUUUUGCAAGUGCACUACUUCGAGCCCUCGACCAACAAGAGGAGGGCCAUCAAUUGUAUAGUCUGGCUGUUCCAGCGCUGCUGCAAAUUAGACCUGAAUCUCUACCCCGAGAUCGAAGAGAAGAGCUUUUGAACAAGAUCACCGACAUUCUUCUAGAACGCCCUCGCAACGCAGCUUCCUUGCUCCGCAUCAUGGUCUACCUUAUGGAAACGUCCAACGCCACAGCCAACAUCUCAUCGGAUAGCAGUGUUCUUUUCGAUAUUGCUGAACGUCUGACCAAAGGCAAGAUCGAGGACACCGUCGUUAUGCGUCUUUUACAGGAGUUGGUCAGCUCUACCCUAGGUCACAUAUUGCAGAAUAAGGACCAAGCCCAAAAUGAGCGGUUCUUGCAGAAGUACAAGAAGAAGCUGUCGAAAUCCUCAAAGUCCCUCAAGACUCACAGUCCAGCCAGGCUUGCCCUACUCAGUGGUACUUUGUUGGCUCCCAAGCAGGAAGACAUAUCCUCUUGGGAGAGCUUCCUAGAUAUACUUGAUGAAGGCUUGAACGACGUGUACAGCGCUGAAGAUCGGAUCCUCGGUGCUUACAUCGAUCUUCCCUCCCAAGUUCUGAACGAUGACACUGGGUUGUUCAACAAAGCGCGUUCCUCGUUGAAAGGCUGGUUGGAUCAGAAGCUCCAAUCCAAUGGCUCUGCAUCUACUUGGUCCAGCGAUCUGCUUGCCUCACUGGAGACAGGAGAAAGUAAGACUCGGUUCAUCCAGGUCAUAGGGAAGUAUCAUUUGUGCCCGGUAGAAUCCAUUGAAGAUUUCAUCAAAGCAUCGUCAGCCGUGCUGAGUAGUACUUCCACGGCUGCAGCUCGCGGCGCCAUUGCACGCUCCAUACAUGAUGUUGUAUCUUCGAUUCCACUGUUCGGUAGAGUGGCACUCGCGGUUGAUCUUUCGAACGUUGAGUCUAGCGACCAAGCUCACUCAUAUGUCUCUCUUCCGAUUAUCUUGUCUACUUUCGACGAUAAGACAUCAGACGAUGAAGAGAUACGGACACAGCAGUUAUCGAUCUUGCCGACCAUCUGCACUCGAUUGGAGCAGGUUUCUGAUUCAGAAGCCUUCAACUCUCUCAUGGACGCCAUCAAUGUCACGAUCCGUGACAAGCCACAUUGCACCAACCAGCACGGCAUCGAGUGCGUUCUGGCUGCUAUUGCCAGCAUUGUGUCCCGUGCUAGCCCAAGUCUUCCUGUCUCCGACGCAUCUGCGAUCUACGGGCGAAUCUGCGAGACUAGCCGACUCAUCCUGCUUCUCCACCGAGGACGCCUGGGAGGACGUUUCCACAUCCUCCUUCCACCCCUCCAGAACCUACUCUUCUGUCUGUUUAUACCGCACGCUGGCCGAGGAAGCUCACUCCCCUUCUGGCUACGCUCAUCAUCCGCAUCUUCCCAGAUCAAACUCAGUCCCGCGAAUGCCACACAGUUCAGCCGUCUCCUCUCCACCCUCUCAUCGCCCACGCAAUCCUCCGUUUCCACCACGAAACACCAACGCAACGCCAGCACCAAAUCCACGCUCAACGACCCCGUCAAAGCCGCGAAGGAAUACGCAAGCCACUUCAUCUACCCCCUUCUCGCAUCCUUCUGUCGCUUCUCCCUCAGCGGCAGGCUGGAGCCAAACGUAAGAGAUAAGCUGAUUCCAGGCCUCUGGGACACGAUCAGCGUCGCCGACAUGGACCGUGACACGCUGCAGGCCAUGUUUACGGGACUUGACAGGGCGAGCAAGGACGUCUGGCGAGGAGUGUGGGACGAAUGGAAGAAGAUGAAUGGAAAGAGCGAGAGAGACAAUAGAGCCUCUCGUGGGGAGUAAGAUAGGCAACAGACAGCCCGAGUUGAAUGUUCUGGGUUUUCCGUUGAUGGGACGAUGCGGUUUCGUCUGAGCUAGGUGUCGAUUUUGAAUCUUGUUAUGCGCUGUAGAAAGAGAGAUAUGCCUUUUGUUGGAAAGGCGCAAAUGUCGACAGGGUUUGGUUGAGGGAGGACUUUUGUGAUCACG